CGGAUUUGAACGGAUUUUAAGCACGAAACAGUCUCAGAUGGCUUACAUGAUGACAAACGAUGGAUUUACGACAACGUUGGGCGAUUGAUCACGUCUUUGCUGGCUGAAUUGGUGAGGAUGAAAGGCUGGUGUCUGUGUUACCGAUUGUACUGGGAAACGAUAUAAGGCUGCGACGAUUCUGCCAAAUAAUGUAUCCCUUAGAUAACAAAACGAGAUCAUCAGCUUCCUCAGUUUUGACAUCGCAUCAAAUUCAAUAAUACCUCAAAUCCCCUCUAGAUACAUCUAAGCGACCUCCAACACCACCCUCGACAUGGACAGCGAUAUUGGCGCCGCCGCUUUUGCAGCACUGACUUCCACUUCCAUCUACGAAACUGGAAUGACCUUCACCAAGAAGGAGCACAAAGAAACCUACCCAACCAUCUUCCCUUCCCGCCCAGAGCUCUCCCAGGCCGGACGAACAGUCCUCAUCACCGGCGGCUCAGCUGGCAUCGGCUUCGCCAUCGCCAAAGGCUUCGCGCAGGCUCACGCCAAGCGCAUCAUCAUCCUCGGCCGCCGCCAGAAUCUCGUUGAUGAGGCGGUCUCGGAGCUCAAGAAGGAGUUUCCCGAGGUGCGGUUUGAUGGAUACUCAAGCGAUGUAGAUGAUCUCGCAGACGUGGAGAAGCUCUGGAAGGGCUUCGAGGCGGACGGCACAGUCAUCGACGUCCUUGUGCUCAACGCUGCCAAGAUUUCGGAACAUGGCCCUAUCUUGUCUCUCGGAAGAGAUGAUGUCUGGAGCUCCUUCACUAUGAAUGUCCGCUCACUCUUGGAUCUCUCUGAGAGGUUCUACAAGCAAAAGGAUGGCGAAGGCCGCCAGAAGUUCCUCGUCAACGUGUCUACGGAAGCUAGUCACAACUUUACCAAAUCGGGUCCUUGGCCUGCUUACAGUGCCAGCAAGAACGCAGGAACGAUGCUGAUCCAGAUGAUUGCCAAGGACACGCCCCCCGAGAGGAUGCAGGUUAUCAACUUCCACCCGGGUGUGGUGCAUACCUCGGCUUUCAAGAGCGCUGGAAUUCCCGAGGAUGUCUAUCCGUUUGAUCAUGUUGAUUUGGCUGGGAACUUUGCCGUCUGGGCCGCAUCUGAGGAGGCGCGCUUCUUGCAUGGCCGCUUUGUUUGGGCCAAAUGGGAUAUUGAUGAGCUCAAGAGCGGCGUGAUUGGAGAGAAGAUCAAGAACAACGAUCACUACCUCAAAGUCGGCGUCGUUGGACUCCAGGAAUAAGUUUUCCUUUCGACUUCGCGGUCAAGACAGGGUAACAAUAGACACUCGGAGACAGACUACACUAAAUUUGAUUCAAUCUUCACGU